AUGUUUUGCAGGUUUGACGCCAGUCUCGCUCCUUUAGUAUUCUCCGACCAGAUGAUACAGAUCUCAGUUGGGGUACCUACCACCAACCUGUACGGCAUCGGAGAAAACAGGAAGCCGUUCCGGAUCCAAGUAGAGCAGAGUCCUGGCUUCUCCCUCUGGGCUCAUGAUAUGAUCCCAAAGAUCAACGCCAAUCAGUACGGUAGCCAUCCGUUUGUGCUUGGAAUAGAACCAAACGGCGACGCCUUUGGAAUAUUUCUUCUGAACAGUAACGCUUUACGUAUAGACGUCCUUCCAACCAGUCCUGUGACAAUUCGCUAUCGAACCCUUGGUGGAAUACUUGACUUCUACGUUUUCACUGGUCCAACGCCUGAUGACGUUAUUGAUCAAUACUGGGCUUUGAUUGGACAACCACCACUUCCGCCUUACUGGUCGCUAGGUUACCACCUGAGUAGGUGGGGCUAUGGCGGAUCAAGCGGGAUGAACGCAACCAUUCAGAGGAUGAGGAACAAGCAGAUGCCAUUUGACACCAUCUGGAACGACAUCGACUACAUGGUCAAGGAGAUGGACUGGACCUACGACCACAAGCUGUACGGUCAGCUGCCGGACAUUGUCAAGGACGUGCAUAGCCACGGGGAGAAAUACGUCAUGAUAUUGGAUCCCGGUAUCAGUAACACACAGCCCAGAGGUCAGUAUGCCCCGUAUGACGAUGGUAUAACAGAAGACAUCUUCGUGAAGACAGCCGACGGAUCUGCUCCUAUAGUGGGAGAGGUGUGGCCGGGGAAGACGGUGUUCCCAGACUUUACUCACCCUAAGGCUGAAUCGUGGUGGCAGAAACAUGCUCAGAUAAUGCAUAGCAAACUUCCGUUUGAUGGCCUCUGGAUUGACAUGAACGAACCGGCCAACUUCAAAGCUGGAUCUGAGAACGGAUGUACCAGCAACUCCCUGGAGAACCCGCCCUACACACCGCCCUUGGAAGGAGGAAGUAUCAUUGACAAGACCCUGUGCAUGUCAGCUAAGUUCCAUGAUGGGUUGCAUUACAAUCUACACAACAUGUAUGGAUACUUUGAGAGCAGAGUCACUUACAAUGUCCUGAAAAGCAUCGUGCGGAAGAGGCCAUUUGUUUUGUCUCGGUCCACUUUUGUGGGAAGUGGUAAUUACGUGGCGCACUGGGAAGGAGACAACUUUGCUGACUGGUCAGACUUGUACUACUCUAUUCCAGAGGUUCUGAGCUUCAACAUGUUCGGCAUCCCCUUUACCGGGGUGGACAUCUGUGGGUUCAGAGGGGAUUCGGACGAAGAACUGUGUACAAGAUGGCUCCAACUUGGCGCCUUCUACCCUUUCAUGAGGUCACACAACCAGAACGUUGCGCCGGACAAAGAUCCUGCAGCAAUGAGAUUUAGUUCUGCUGCGCAUGACCGGAACCGCGAAGCUCUGAGACUCCGUUACCGCCUUCUACCUUUCCUGUACUCCUUGAUGUCCCGGAAGAAGGCAGUGGCCAGGCCUCUUGUCUUUCAGUACCCUACAGAUUCCACAACCUACAGCAUAGAUAAACAGUUUCUUUGGGGAGAUUCACUGCUGAUAACUCCCGUAUUAAACAGGGGACAUACCACAGUUAAUGCCUACUUUCCACAAGACACGUGGUACGAUUUCUUCAGUGGGGCGGAAGUGUCCAAAACAGGUCGAUGGACAGUUGUCAGCGCACCACUGGACAAGAUCAAUGUCCACAUCAGAGGGGGCAGCAUAGUCCCGACACAGGUGCCCGAUGUCAAUACACAGAAGAGCCGACGGAACGACUUUGGUCUGGUUGUUGCCCCGUCCGCCCGGAAGACUAGUCAAGGUUUCUUGUACUGGGACGACGGCGAGACCAUUGAUGCGCCCUUUAACCAUAUUCAGUUCAAUCUGGAUGGGGAGAGACUGACAUCCACUGUCAAGUCUAGCAACUACGCCACGACAAUGACGUUAGGCAGCGUCGACGUGUACGGAGUGGCAAUAGCACCAACAACUGUCAGAGUCAAUGGCAUCGGCGUCGCUCACACCUAUGACAGCGUUAACAAGGUUUUACACGUCACCAGAUUGAAGGUCGACCUUCUGAAGCCCUUGAUGAUGACAUGGUAGACGGCGUAUAUGAUCCAGUAAAGUCCAGAUGUGGAG